AUGUUUACAUUGGCCUCGGCGCGAGUAUCAUUCGCGAUCGGCGCACUUCCUCAGACCACUGUUUCUAACAAUUCCGUAUUCAUGGUGUCCACCUGUUCGCCAUCACCUCCAACUGUUCCCGGUGAUCCACUCGGAAUUAGCUUCGAAAUUAUGAAUCAGAUAUCCGUCUCGCCGCUGAGCUCACACGAAAACGAGAACAUGGAUAACGUGCUUCAGUCCCAGUCGCCUGGACUUCAGUUAUCGAUCGGCGAGAUCACAGUGGCGUCAGCUGUAGCCAGCGAGAAGGCGCGGGUACGACAGCAAUCUGCGAUGUUGGACAAGUGGCUGAUGGCCAACGGUGGAAAUCUUUAUCCGUGUCGCGAGGACAAGGAAAAACUGGCCGCACAAAUGAAGAUGACCUACUUACAAGUGAAUCGUUGGUUUGCCAACCGCCGUAGGAAGCAAACGAAGCGCACCAAAACUGUCCCCUCACCUGCCAGUGUUACUCCAGCAACUGUAAGUCAGGAAAGCACAUCGCGGCCGACAACUCCUGUAUCAAAAGAGAAUGUGAUGACGCAACUAACGCCAGAUGUGAUCUCCGCUUUUGCACAAGCGCUCGCCGCUCAGCAACAACCAGAGAUAGACGAGAAGAUGGUCGUUCAGCAGCCUCAACAUCAUCUUCAACAACAUCACCAGCAGCAGCAACAUCAACAUCAACAACAGCAGACGUCAUUCCACCAUCCACAAAGGGAACACGCGAUCACCCCACCGGCCAUUGAAGACCAUCAUCCUCAUCAUUUAGGUGGAGCUGGCACGAAUCAGGUGUUACCAGACAUGCGUUCGACCUUGGUGUCACCCCUGAGUCCGCACGAAUUAGCGGCCAAAAUGCUUUCGAACAGCUCGCUACCACCAAAUGCGAACAAUUUGGCUCAGUACAACCCGCUGCUGCUCGCUAUGCUUCAGCCGCUAGCUCUACAGCAGUUGCUACAAGCUCAAGCAUUGCAACAGCAGUACCUACAAUUACAACAACAGGCUCUAGCCCAACAGCAAAUGGAAGCACAAGCACUAUGGGCCUCAUCGAGCAUAUCAGCAAGCCCUGCACAUGCUUCAGAUAGCGAGGUGUCAGAGAUGUCUGAGUUGUCACCUCUACCUCAGACAGAGGUUACGAUGCGUCCACAUUCGCCUCCGUUCAAGGACCCCCACCAACUCGCCGACAAAUCGCUGUUGAGGCUUCUGAACCUUAGUCAACUGUCCGAGAAGGAACAAAUGGCAGUCGCUGUGUUGGCUGGCUUCGCCUCGAUGGGACGUUGA